UAAUUCACGCUGGAAGAGCUCUUCUCUAUUCUACGCGUCGCUGCUGCUAUUGGUGCUCUUCUUCUUCUUCUUCUGCUUCUUCUCUUUCCCUCAUUUGCUGUUGCGUUCACUGUCGGGAGCAGUGGCGCAUGGUGGGGCUCCGUGGGAGGGGGCCAGCGAUGGCGAGGAGGAAUGAGAUCAGGGGGUGGUGAUACUACGAGCAGCAGGUCAAGUGAGAUGGCGUAAGGCGGGUGAGAAUCACCACCGGGAGAGGAGGUGGGAGUGAGGAAGGGGAGGAAGGAACGACAGGACAGGGAUCGGCCAGGGGCAGAAGAAGCUGUCGUCGGUGGCGCGGGAGUAGUAGGGCAAUCGCGAUGGGAGAAGACCCUAGUCAGAGAGGAAUGGGCCAACGAGUGUAUCAAGUUUGGAAGGGUAGUAAUAGGUUCUUUCUUUGUGGGAGAUUGAUUUUUGGUCCUGAUGUAAGGUCGCUAGCGGUCACAAUUUUCUUGAUCGUAGCACCUUCGGUGUGUUUCUGUAAUUUUGUCGGUCGUCACCUGCUUCAUCACUUUAACAACAAUGGGGGAGUUGCAAUUGUUGCAGUUACCGCCAUCUACACGGCUUAUGUCCUGGUAUUACUGCUGCUGACCUCCGGGAGGGAUCCAGGGAUUAUUCCUCGUAACCUUCACCCCCCUGAACCUGAAGAAGACUUCGUUUCCAAUAAUUCUCCAGGGGAAUGGGGAGCACAGACUCCACGCUCACGCCUGCCACGAACAAAGGAUGUCAUUGUCAAUGGAGUCGCUGUGAAAACAAAGUACUGCGACACUUGCAUGCUUUAUCGUCCACCCCGUUGUUCCCACUGCUCCAUAUGCAACAAUUGCGUUCUACGAUUUGAUCAUCAUUGCCCUUGGGUUGGGCAAUGCAUCGGCCAGAGAAACUAUCGAUUCUUUUUCAUGUUCGUGUCUUCGACUUUGUUACUAUGUGUAUAUGUCUUUGCAAUGUGUGCAAUGUACAUAAAAAUCCUGGUGGAUGAAGGAGAUCGCACAGUUUGGAAAGCUCUUUCCAAGUCGCCAGCUUCCAUUGUCCUCAUGGUGUAUACUUUCAUUUGUGUAUGGUUCGUGGGUGGACUUACCGUGUUCCAUCUGUACCUCAUUGGUACAAACCAGACAACUUAUGAGAACUUCCGUUACCGUUAUGACAACAAGGUGAAUCCUUACAAUCGAGGGUGUGUAUCGAACUUCAACGAGAUCUUCUGCUCAACGAUUCCGGCUUCCAAGAACCAGUUCAGAAGUAGAGUACAAGAAGUCAUCCCCAGACAGAUGGGACGUGUUCAACAGACAAGAGAUAUGGGAGAAGCACAUGGAUCCAGUGCUGCUAAAGAGUCUGAUUUGGAACAGGGAUAUAAAGCCACUUGGCCCAAUGCCGAGGAUAUGGUCGGCGAAGGGGGUGAGCUGGAGAUGGCUGGGGGUCGGGUUAGCACUGGAAGUGAACUUGGAAUGGAAAUGAAGGAUACUUUUGACCCACGUCCUAUCGAGCAAGGCCGUCCAGCUGUAGCGAACCGUCGGACUAGCAGGGGCCGGCAGAGUGGUAGUUGGGAGAUCACCCCUGACAUCUUGGCCAUGUCUUCUAGUGAAGGGGGUGGAGGUCAUAACAACCACGGUCGUGGUCGCUUGCAAAGUCGAUUCACUGGAGAGUCAACGGCGAUCAGUAAUCAAUGACAAUGUUCGCCCUUUCUGAGCCAGACACGAUUUCAGAGGAGGGAUGGAUCGAAUAGAGGUGAAUUGUAGCAAUGUGGGGGAUGGAAGAUGGAUCUGUGUUGUAGCUGAGAAACUUCUUCGAUGCAAUCCACAGCAUGAGUGAAGGUGGGUGGGUGUCAUGCUCUUGUAGAAUAAGUUCUGUGGACACUUCGAUAGAAUGAAGAUGCACAUGCAUCGCCUGUGAAGAAAAUGAUUUCCCGUUUAUGGGCUAGUAUGAAAUGGAUGGCGGAGGACAGUCAAGCGAUAUUCAUAUCACUCUUGGCAUUGGUGCUUCUGAUGCAAAGCAGCAGAUGAUUAACUGAUCCUUUAUUCGAAUGUGCAACCAACAGAGGAUCCUGAUUUGUGUUGUUUUAAACACGAACACCAGCCGUGUGUCGUGUUGGUCUUAACCCCUGUUCGGGGACUGGCUUUGUUCAGGUAUUAUGUAAGGUUGUUCAACUCGUAGCGCAUAGCGUGGCUCAAUGAUUGUAAUGUAUUGCCUGUUAUUAAUUGGACAAUUUUUUUGACCUAUGA